AUGGAUAGAGUAAGAGACUUGGCAUCCAAGAAGGCAGCAGUUAUAUUCACCAAGAGUUCUUGUUACAUGUGCCACAGCAUCACACAACUGUUCUAUGAGCUUGGAGCAAGCCCUGCGGUGCAUGAGCUCGACAAGGAUGCCUAUGGGAGGGAAAUGGAGUGGGCUUUGAGGAGCAUGGGAUGUAACCCUUCAGUGCCAGCAGUGUUCAUAGGUGGAAAAUUUGUAGGGUCAUCAAAGGAUGUGAUAUCCCUCCAUGUUGAUGGCUCUCUCAAACAAAUGCUCAUGGCUGCAAAGGCCAUAUGGUUUUAG